AUGGUAUAUUAUACACGGUUAGGACACGGUCACAUUCUGGUCUGGUACUCUUUGUUCGCUCUGAAAAAUUGUGUAUUCAAAUAUAAUUGUACAACGUAUAUUUUUGAAAUGAUUAAAUUUUAAAACUGAGAAAUACCACUUUAUGCAGAACAAUAAUUAAAGUUCAAUGUUAAAUUCAUUUUUAAUCUAACUGUUCGGAGUAUGUGCUUAGCGGUGUGCAAUUUGUCCUACGAAAAUACAGUUUUAAACAUAUAAAACCCAAACAAAACUUGUAAUGGACGACAGCUCCCUAACACCAAUAUAAAAUUUUCGUCGGCAACGAGUGCAAUAAAAUGCUACCAUAAAAAACAAUAAAAAUAUAAAUAAAUGCAUGAUAUGACACACAUUUAAGUCAGCGCCUUUGCAUUUAAAACUUAAGAAAUAUAAUUUUAGCUGGGAUAUAAACUUAUUUUGAUGGAUAGCAAGUCCAUGAAGAUGAAAUUCUGUCAAUGCUUAAUAAGGGCGACGGUAUGGCGAAGAUAAAAUAUAACACAUACACCUGAAAGGACAAAUAUUCAAACUACAAAUCGAUUCGUCUGAAACACUAUUACAUCGAGGAAUUCCGAAAUUAUAAUAUAAUUACGUAUUACAAACGUAUUUGAAUUAUAGAGAGCACAUCGAGAUAAUAUUUCGCUGAAUAUUAAUGCAUACAUACCCUUGUGGGUCAGAUUCAAAGGCUAAUAAACUUAACCAAAAACUAAAGUUUCCAGUACCAAUUACGUCAAAAAGGAAAAAGACAAAUUAAAGUAUUCUCUUUAACUAGUUUGUUCAAUAACAUACAAUAAAUCGAGUACUUUGAGUCCACCCAAAAUAAGAGUAAAACUAUAUGUAUAUUGAUUAAAAGGUUUUAAUUUUUAAAAAUUAAAACAUAAAUAAAAUAAAUAAGCAUAGUCAUCCCACUAUGGUUGGCUCUCAGAAAAAAAAAAAUCAUAUCGAACUAUCUAAAACACAGGCAUCAAGCAAAACUAGCACAUAUACCGGUGAAAGUAAUUUGAACAGUACCCCUUUGGAGAGCAUACAAAUCUCAAAAGCACUUUCGCCUCCCAUAUCCCUACCUCAGCAAAAAAUUCAGAUGAUUAACCAAAAUUCUACUCAGACUGGCAUCACACAAACUAAUUCUCAUAAUUCAAGUAAUCACCCUUGUCGGGGCAGUGGAUUACAAUAUUUCAGUAGUAGUUAUGGAUCAUCGGCAAUGCUUCAUGAUAGUAAAGACGAAUCAGAACCGCAGCUUUCAAAUAAGUUUACCAAAUUUACUGGAGAUGACAAAAAUUUACCCACAUCCGAUGGAUGUGAACUUUCCGAGUCCUUUCAAGCAAUUUCUCUGCCUAAUGUAACGACAUUUUCAAAAAAGACAGAUGUUCCCGGCUUACAUUUAGGUGCUAUUUCAGGCAGUUCUAAAUCAAAAUCGGAAACGGAAUGUGAAUCGCUAGUGUUAUUCAAAGAAACUGCAGUAAUGGAAGAUACUUUCUCAUUUCACGAACAAAUUAUAAUGUCUGGACAACAAAAAAGCGAGCUCCAGGAGAAACCAAAAGUUCUUGUCGUUUCCCCACAACAAGUAAUGAUUUUGUACAUGCAUAAGCUGACUCCCUACGAACGUACGGAAAUACUCACUUAUCCUCAGAUUUAUUUUAUUGGUGCCAAUGCAAAGAAGCGCCCAGGAGUCUACGGCCCAAAUAAUUCUGACUACGAUAAUGAGCAAGGUGCUUAUAUUCAUGUACCGCAUGACCACGUAGCAUAUCGAUAUGAAAUGCUAAAGAUAAUCGGAAAAGGCAGCUUUGGACAGGUGAUUAAGGCGUAUGAUCAUAAGACUCACGAGCAUGUUGCCUUAAAAAUAGUACGCAAUGAAAAGCGGUUUCAUCGACAGGCCCAAGAAGAAAUUCGCAUACUUCAUCAUUUGCGUCGCCACGAUAAAUAUAAUACUAUGAACAUUAUACAUAUGUUUGACUACUUUACAUUUCGCAAUCAUACUUGCAUUACAUUUGAGCUGCUCAGCAUUAAUCUUUACGAAUUAAUUAAGAAAAACGGAUUUAAAGGCUUCAGUUUGCAGUUGGUACGAAAGUUUGCUCACUCUCUUCUUCAAUGUUUGGAUGCGCUUUAUAAAAAUGACAUUAUUCAUUGCGAUAUGAAACCAGAAAAUGUGUUAUUAAAACAACAGGGCCGUUCUGGUAUAAAGGUUAUUGACUUUGGGUCAUCCUGUUUCGAGAAUCAGCGUAUAUACACAUAUAUACAGUCACGCUUUUAUCGAGCUCCAGAAGUAAUUUUGGGGGCGAAAUAUGGCAGAGCUAUCGACAUGUGGUCGUUGGGUUGUAUUCUAGCAGAGCUUCUCUCAGGACACGCAUUGUUUCCUGGUGAAAAUGAAAGCGACCAGUUGGCUUGCAUUAUUGAAGUCUUGGGAAUGCCAAAUAAAAAUAUAUUAGCCAGUUCGAAGAGGUCAAAAUCGUUUUUUAGCCCAAAAGGGUAUCCACGCUAUUGUACUGUUCGAACCAUGUCUGAUGGAAUGGUGGUCCUAAUUGGUGGACAGUCACGUCGAGGUAAACCCCGUGGCCCACCAUGUUCAAAGAGCCUAUCUAAAGCGCUGGAUGGAUGCAAAGAUCCACUCUUUCUAAAUUUUAUACGUGGCUGUUUAGAAUGGGAUGCAGACAAACGAUUGACGCCUUCCGAGGCUUUAAAACAUCCAUGGCUUCGCCGUCGCCUGCCAAGACCACCAAGUAGCUCUAGUGGCUGUGGUGGGGUGAGUGGUGUUAGUGGGAACCAAUCCCCAGUAACAGGACAAAAUAAGAACUUGUCGAACGAAGUAACACCAGCGUCAACGUCUGCGACAUCUAUAUCUUUAACAAUUAAAAGGGAUAACAGCCAUUCCAGUCUUCGUCUUAAACAUGGUGGUGUUACAGAAACGGACUUCAAACUUGCAAAAUGCGUUCCGGAGGGAUCACUUGGUGCCACAAAAGCACCCUUGAUGAACACGGAUAUUUUAGUGGAUAGCUUCAGAAAAACUACUGUUGCGUCACCCCGUUUACCUUCAACGCAUUCGGCUGACUCUGGCGGAAUAAGCGGUCUUAGCACUCUGGACGUCGGGGCAUCUAGAUAUUAUCCGUCUUCACUAUCAUAUUUACCGCAUAUGAAUAAUAAUGAAAAUAACCGACUAUUAAAAUUUUCUGGCUCGUUAAACAGCUCCGCAAACUCAUUGACACAACUGGAACAAGUCACAAACUUAGAUGUUUUGGGAGAAUACUCAGCCUCGACCACACCAAAUUUACCUGCGACAGAUUCUGGCUAUGCGUUUGAUUCAGGUUCAAUGGCCAUAGAUAUUGCACAAGAGUCCUUGGUUAACCUAGCAAGCACGUACGCUAUGGAUAAAUCUAUUGACAUUAUUGGAAAAACAAAUUUGUCGCUUCAUUCUAAUAAGAUAAAAGUACAGUCUAAUGAUAUGUAGCUAAUUUUUGACAAUAUUCAAUACGUCAUGUAAGAGAUUAGAAGCAGUACUUCAUGUUGUUAUCUGAUAAAUUGACAACGCACUGCCAUACAAGUGAUAAACUAAAUAUGUCUUGGCCCUGAUUUCUAUUGCUCUAGUAUUGAAAUCGCACAUGGACAAAAGAGAUCUCACAAAGUAAAAUUAAAAUUAAAUUAAAUUUAUGCAUUUUAAUUACAAAAAGCGUAUACCCGUUAUUUGAGUAAAGCUUAUUGAAAAUGUUAGGAAAUUUUGUUUAAUGUUGCAAACUUAUUUUAUUUCAUAUAAAUAAAAACCAUAAUACAAGAUUGUA